AUGGCAAUGCAUGAAUCCUGCUCGGGGAGUAUUGUCCUGGCUGUGAGUCGCGGCCACGUAUCCUCGCGGGCUGACGGAACGCUCCAGGGCCCACAGUUGUUCCUCCUGAAAUAUCCCGGUGCCGCCGCUGUGGGCGCUGCUAUUCUGUCUGAACUGGAGUCUGAUGACGGCCGGGUGGUGUCGUACAUCCCGGAUUCCAUUCUCCUGGUGUUUGCCACCCUCAGUCAGGUGGUGAAGGUGGCUAGUCGGCACGGGGCACUAAUGGCGCCGUACGAGUACGAUAGCAAGCUAUCUCCGGAGACCCUCCAAGUGGUCCAAGCUGCCAGCCCUGCCCGCCGCCGUAGCCGCCGCCGUCGACAACUGCUGCUAACGAAAACCAGCAACGUCAACAGCAACGGCGGCUUCCCCGCCAAAAAUGACAAAUCAAGGUUACAUGUAAAAAGCACCCGCCAUCCAAAUCGUCAUAAAUACCGACACCAACAUCGCGGCAAGUCCCGCCGCGACCCCCAAGUCCCCCCAAGAGGUUCCAGUUCCAGUGGGCCCGAUCCGUUGGACUACCAACAGGGUUUCGACGACGGGCCGACCGCCGUGGCGAAUGCGGCUGCCGUGUCGGAUGGCGAGAGUGCGCUCCGAAACCUCAAGACAUGGAGCUGGCGGCCCACCGGAGGACACCAUGGCCGCACCCGCAACCACAAUCCUUCCUCAGGGAACACAGCUGCCAUGAUUAGCUCUCGGGGUACUGCAGCUGAUGCGAAUGAGGGCAAGGAUGCGGAGGGGGCUGCUGCCGGAGACAGUUCCCGUAGCGGCACAAGCACGGGACUGCGCCGGUGGUUUGCAGAAGAGGCUGUCGUGAUUGUCAGCAUGGGUGGAAGCGAGCCAGAAGGGGAGGGCGGCAAUGACGACAGCGUUCCUACGGACACCGCCGCCGCUGCAGUAGCGGCAGUUCACCCGCGGCGUACAACGUCGCUGCUACAGCCUCCGACGGGUCCUAGCGACACAGCCGCUUCCACUUCCGCGGCCGCUGGCGAUGCUUCCAUAAAAUCGGACGGCGACGAUCCAGAGUUGUCAAUCACUGCAGGGAAGGAGCGACGACUGGCGGACAAAGCUACGGGAGAUACAGAUGCGGAUGAAGGUACUGAUCUUUAUGGGAUUGAGGUUCAUUUGGUGCCAGGACUGCCGUACGAGAUCCACGAGGGCGCGCUUCGUCAAUGGCCUGACGCGCUGGCCCAGGUGCUCGGUUUCGCUUCCAAUUCUUCCGAGCCCUGCCGGCCUAAGGCUGAUGGUGAUGCGCUCAACGGCACACAUGCCGUGUGGCUUCUCAUCUUCUUGUGUGCCGAGGACAUGCAAGACGGCGUCGAGUGGCUCUCCAGGCUGCCCAUCGUCACGUGGCUAGCCCCGGCGCUGCACAUGACCGUACACAAUGACGGGGGGGGAUGGACAAUACAGACAGGGAACCUGACCGGGGAGCGUUUCAAUGACCCCACUGCCUUGCUGCGGCCCUUCUGGGCGGCUGGAAUUCGCGGUGAAGGCAUGCUUGUCGGGAUGGGGGACACUGGGGUGGACUUAACGCACUGCUCCUUUCUGGACGAGCGGUACGACAUCGGCACACUGAAAGGCUUGCUGACCGGGACGCCCCUCAGCUGGACCCUUGAUCACCGGAAAAUCCUGCAGUACAUCGCAACCAACACAAGUGAUGACUUUGGGGACAAUGCGGGAGGCCAUGGUUCGCACGUCGCCGGCAGCAUUGCGGGAUCCUUCCUCGCGGGAGGCAGCAACUCGACUUUCGAUAGCAAAGCGCCGGCCACCGGCUCUGCGCCGCUGGCGCGCCUCAGCAUCAUAGACCUCGCCCCGCAGGACACGGCCGUCCUGAACGUCCCCGUCCCCAUCGACACCAACUACCUUCCGCUGCACUACCGGGUCGGCGUCAAGAUUUCGUCCGACAGCUGGGGCGCGGUCGGGGCAGAUGCCGUGGUGUACGACAGCGCUGCCCAAGGCUUCGACGCGUUCGCGUGGAGGAACCCCGACUUCAUCAGCCUGGUGGCUGCGGGCAACAGUGGGUACAGCGGGCGCAUGGCGACAGUCUGCACACCCGCAACGGCGAAGAACGUCAUCGCUGUGGGCGCAACCGUCAACCACCCCAAAGACGUCGCAAGCAUGGGGGACCAGUACGCCUUCAUGUUCCAAUACCGUGACGCCAACGGCAGCAUCCAAUCGCAAGCGGCUCUGCCUGUUGUUUUGGCCGAGCCGAGGGGUGCCUGCAAUCUGUCCAGUGGGAAUAAUAUCAGCCAGUUCGUCUUGAUGGUGGACCUCGGGGACUCGGAUUGCUCGUACGGGCUGCGUGCAACCAACGUAAAACUGUCAGGCGCAGCUGCGGUCGUCUUCAUCCGGCCGGACGGUAAAUUCGCAACGGAGGACCUGGCCGGCUUCGUUGCGCCGCGACUGAUGAACUACACCAUCAUCACGAAGGCGCAAGGGCAGUGGAUCAUAGACAUCAUGACCAACAGCUCCAACUCCCAGUUCAACCUGGCUUUCCUGUACUACCCCCUUGUGAAGAUGGGGAUCGACACGGUGGCCAGCUUCUCGAGCUAUGGGCCUCUGCAAGACGGCCGCAUCAAGCCCGACAUCGUGGCGCCCGGGGCACCCGUGCGGUCGGCCUUCGCGGCAGCUGCCUCGUCCUCAGGAAGCAACAACAACGUUACCCGGCAGACGUGUUCGGGGGCUAUGCAGUACUUGUCCGGAACGUCCAUGGCGACACCGCUGGCCUCCGGGCAUAUAGCCCUGAUGCGCCAAUACUUCAGGGAUGGGUUUUAUCCGCAAGGAGACAAGACCUCUGUGGAAUCCACCGCCUUCGAGCCGUCGGGCAUGCUCCUCAAGGCCGCGGCCAUCGUCGGGGCCACAUCGCUCCAGGGCGGCAUGGCAGCGCAGUCGGGAGGCAGCAUGGGAGCAGCACCGGACGGGUAUCAGGGCUGGGGCCGGAUGAACCUGGCAGGAGCCCUUCCACUGCCGGGGCUCAGCAGCCAGGACUUUCGCACGCAAGUGGCUGACCUGGGGACCGUUGAGGACGGCGAGGCUGUACACCUGGCCGGGAUCCGGGCCACAGGGACCGGCCCGAUCCAGGCAGCCCUGGUGUGGCACGACUUCCCUGGAGCGUUGCAAGCCACGACGGCCCUGGUUAACGACCUGGACCUCAAGUUCUCGGUUAACGGCGGCACGCUGACAAACACACGCGAAGACCACGUCAACAACGUGGAGAGAGCGGAGCUCCGGAACCUAAAACCCGGUGACAACAUCACCUUCGUCGUACAGGGCGCUAGGAUCGUGCAUCGGCUGCUAUCGUCCCCUGGCGGCGGCGGAGGGGGAGGGGGAGGAGGGGACAGCCAUCUACCCCAGCGCUGGGCUCUGGCGGUGGUGGGCAACUUUCGCGGCGUUCUACAAACGCAGCUCAAUCCGGUGUACAGGCGCCCGCAGAGGCUGCCGGUGUUCGCUUUGGAGGGUGCGGCGGCGGCGGCGGGGUCCACCGCCAUGUUGCUGGUGUCCUGCCUGGCGGGCGGGGGUUGUCUCGCGCUGCAGGGAACGCAGGUCGCCGUCGUUGUCGUCACCGCGGCUACUGAGCCAAGCCCCGCUGCCUACACCUUUGAGUUCGUGGAGGAGAAAGAUAACGCAACGGGAGGAUUUUUCUACGUUAUCCGGGACGGAGUCGGCAACUGCAUCACCGCCACACGGGAGUCGGCCGUCCUCGUCCUCCCCUGCAAUGGCGACAGCGACGAACAGCGACUGGCGGUCUUCGGAAAUCCGUACCUUGACCAGCCGCCGCUGACACACCAACUGGUUCCGAAACCAUUCCUGGGAGAAAGCAACGGCGACCGGCUAUGUCUCAGUCAGCAACAGGAAUCGACACUACUUGGAAAUUCCAGCAGCAGCUCCUCCAUCAUUGGGCUCGCGCGCUGUGACUACGACGACCCAAGCCAGGCCUUUUUCAUUAUAAAAGGGGCAGACGCGCACACCAUUAACGCGCCGCAUCCCGCGGCGCCAUCGCCACCCCCACCGCCGCCGCCGCCACCCUCACCCUCACCCUCACCCUCGAUCUCACAGCCCCCCGAUCCCGUCAGGACCACCACCAGCACCACCAACACCACCAACGCCACCAACGCCACCAACACCACCAACGUCACUAACGUCACCAACGUCACCAACGUCACCAUCGUCACCAUCGUCACCAACGUCACCAUCGUCAUUUCCCCAGCCAGCAUCACCCUUUCCAUCUUUCCCACUACCACCACCACAGCCUCCGCUGCCAUCACCACCACCACCACCACCACAGCCUCAAACACCCCAACCACCGCCGCAGCCUUCGCGGCCAUCACCACCGCCAGUAAAUCCACCCAAGCCGCAGGCACCGCAGCCACCAUCUCCAUGGCCACCGCCCUCGCCAUUGCCACCAACUUUGCCCACCCCACCUAG